UUUACCACUUUCGUCUUUCUCUAUCACUCCCAACGGGGAGCAGGGAAAUCUCACCCCUUCUUCAACACAACCAACCCUGUUAUGAGCACGCGCUUUUCUCUCUCUCACUCACUUUCCCCAACCCUUAGUCUUCACCACCACCGCUGUGUUACCACCUCCACCCUGAUCACCUUUUCACCCCCUCUCCAAACGAUAUAGUGCAUCUGCAGAACAUGUCGCGCACUCUUCGCAACCAGUCACCACAUCAAAAAAAACGCGAAUAUUGUCGCAAUGCACGAGCGAUUUUCAUCUCUAAAAGUGUAAUUUAAUCUGACAAUUGUUUAAAAUUCAAGUUAAUUUUUGCCAGAUAACAAUAACAUCUCGUGAUAAGUGAUUAUCGUUAUCAUAAAAUUGAGAUUUUUCUGUAUGCUCAUUUUUUUUAUCAUUAUUGUGCUGUGCCCAGUGGACCAAAGUGACUAUUUGGAAUAAACCAAAGAUUUUCAAGGAAUUUCUAUAAUGAAGAAACCAAAGGAAUUCUUGGUUCUCCUAACGAGUGAUGGGAACUAAGAGAAAUUGUUUAUUUUGGAAAUUAUUUUACCAAAAUUGGGAACAUUUUAUUGGACCUUGAUAUGGUAAUAAACUGUGUAAAAAUUUGUGGUAUUGUACUUUUAUAAGUGAUUGACGUGAUUUUCAUAAAUAUAUAAAUUGUUGAGUGCAAGUGACUGCUUUUUUUUGCAAAGAAGGAAUUGUUAUUAUAUUUGAAAUUUUGGAAUUGUCAAUUGUUUGAAGAAAGGAGUUGUUCAAAAUAAAAUUCUGUGAAUCGCACAGAUGCGUUUUUACUGGGAGUUGAAAAAACGCAUCCGUCGCUGUUAUUGGAACGAUCCAAAUCAGUGGAUGGAAAUUUAAAUAAAAAAGAGUGCGUAGAGCAAAUGCACUAAUUGCCUAAUGAUGAUGUACUCGCCGGAUAAGAUGAUGGGAAGUAAGGGACUCCAUGGGGCACCAAUUUCCGCUCCAGGAUGUUUUCCUUCCGGAAGGUAUUCGCCGCCGUCGUAUCGUUCGGGUCCCGAUCCCAUGGCACCGCCGCCUCGACGUUGCAUGCCUAAUCCUACUAGUCGAAUAUUGGAGGAUGCAUCCAUCAUGUGUAAUUCCUGGUCACCAAGGCAUAAUGGUGAUAUAUUCGGAGGACUAAAUAGCGGUCUACAAGAUGGUUUGCUGUCUAGGGCAGAGGCUUUGGCCGCGGACCUAGGAAAACACAAUGGAGGCACUCCAAUGCCCUUAAAACAUGAUCCCGUCUCUGUCUAUCAUCAUGGAGCCCACAUGCCAACCCCCCAUCCUAAUAAUCGGCCACAUCAUCAGGUACAAUCACACCUCUUUAUGAGCCAUCCGGGAAUGGAGAGCUUGGACAUGUUGGAUCCGGCUAAUUCAAUGACGACGUUGACACCAAUGUCGGAUAGUUCGGGUGGUGGUGGCGGAGGUGGUGGACCUGGACAUCAUGCCGGUAUUCAUGGGCCCUCUGUUUAUGGUGGCAUGAAUGGAAUGAUGAGUCAUCAUCAUCAUCACAGUAAUAUCAGUGGCAGUGUACCUCAUCCUCAUCAUCAUCCAGCAAUGGCGGCGGCCGCCGCUGCUGCAGCUGCCGCUGGACUACAUCCUGACGCCGACACUGAUCCCCGUGAACUUGAGGCAUUUGCCGAGAGGUUUAAGCAAAGACGCAUUAAACUUGGUGUAACGCAAGCCGACGUUGGCAAGGCAUUGGCAAAUUUAAAACUUCCCGGUGUUGGAGCACUUUCACAAUCGACGAUAUGUCGUUUUGAAUCAUUGACAUUAUCACACAACAAUAUGAUUGCACUGAAACCAAUUCUUCAAGCGUGGCUCGAGGAGGCGGAGGCACAGGCGAAAAAUAAACGACGUGAUCCAGAUGCGCCAUCAGUGUUGCCGGCCGGUGAGAAAAAACGUAAAAGAACAAGUAUCGCCGCACCGGAGAAAAGGUCACUUGAGGCAUAUUUUGCCGUACAACCGCGACCAUCAGGCGAAAAAAUUGCGGCAAUCGCGGAAAAAUUGGAUCUCAAAAAGAAUGUGGUGAGGGUGUGGUUUUGUAAUCAACGACAAAAGCAAAAGCGCAUGAAAUUUGCUGCUCAACAUUGACCCGAGGGCGGCUUGUGACAGCAAAACUGACUGUAUGCCCCGCCGAGUCUUGAACCUAAACCUGAACCACUCACUGAAUAUCAGGGCUGGCCCUGAAUUUUCGAUAUUACUCUGGUUCUAUUAUGUUGUGUAGAUUAAUUCGAGUUUGCCUUUUCUCAAACUAAACGAGAGUCAAAAGUAUGAUAAAAUUUGUUUUCUAUUGAGAGAAUGCAACCAAAAUGCUGUAGACGUUUUUGUUUUUUCUUUAAUCCGAAAUGAAACUCAUUGUACGAUAAUGCUAUUUAUUUCUGAUCCUGUAAAAUUUAUCAUUAAAAUAGAUUUUCGUUCUAA